AUGGAAUAUCCUAUAUUAACUCGAGAAGAAGCCACCAUUGGAUGGUCAAAUGAAUAUGUGAAAGCUUUGGUGAUAGAAACAGUUAAUGGAAAUGUAAGUUUUCACAAAAUAUCGAGUUAUUUUCAAUAAUGAAUCAAUAAUUAUUUAGAACAUUUCUGACAAGUUCAAAAGCUCGAAGAUCGAAAAUAUCGAUGAUUUGCUGGAUAUUUUAUUCGAAGACGAGGAAAGUACUGUUUUCGAAUUAUUCAAAAACAAAGAUAACUUGCUCAACAAUCUUAUUGCGCAGCAAAUGUUUCCGAACCCAUUUCUCUAUUUUGGUUGUAAAAUUAACUUCGAACACCGUUCUAUAUCGUACUUGAGUUCAAAAAAUACGAUGUUUUUCACAAAGCAUGAGGCACUUGGAAGUUUUUAUGCUAUGAAAUUCAAAGGAAAGAUGUCAUUUCUAAUGAAAUUGGUGAACACGUCUGUUAUUCGAAAAAUUGGAAGACAUUUGAAUGAAACAAAUCAAAGCAAUGAUAUGAUCCCGAAGCAGAUAUUUGAUAAACAAAUGAAGGAUUUGAUUGAAUCGUAUGGUCGAACUGCAUAUAUCUUCGAUGUUAUUGAUUUGAAAUUUGAGAAUUUCAUAACUAUUUUCGACUCGAAAUACGACGAUGACUUGAUCUCACAAGUAAAUACGCUACUUCAUCUGGAAAAUGAAAUGUUGCCAUUAUCUGCGAACAAAUAUGAAUAUACAAAUCUUUAUAUGUCUCUCGUAUCAUGGAAAAAUUGUGUUGAAAACUUUUUCAACACAGCUGAUUGGUUUCACAAAAAAUAUGAAGUUCUUCGAGGAUUUUUUGAAAAUGAGAAAAGAUGUGAUUCAAGAACAUUUUUCAUCGCGAAAGAAGCGGAGAAUGUGCUGGAUAUUGUGAUGAAAAAGAAAUACUCGAAACCUUUUCCAAAAGGUUUGUUAAAAAUUUUAAUUUAAAAUACAUAAUGAAGCUUUCAUUGGAGAUUUUCAAUGAACUAAUAUAAUUUUGCAGGUUUGAUUUCAAUCGAAAAUGAAGAAGAACGUAAACUUGGAAUUUUAAAAGUUUUGGAAUUGGAAACAUUCAAAAAAAAUCCUGAAAAUUUUGAAAUUAUCAGAUGACGAUGUUCAUCUCAUCUCCAUUCCCAUCCAAGUUUCAAAGUUUCGUUGUUCGCAUCCGAUCUCAACUCCUUAUGGAACAUAUUGUAAAUUGGCAUUCUACGCAUUUCGUAAUUUUUUCGAUGAAGUCGCAUAUGGUUUGAAUUUGUUUCGAAAAGGAGGAUUGAAAAAGAAGAAUUUGCCAGACUCAGAAAGUGUCCUGACAGCCGUCGGCGAGAAAAUCUCGCCAGCUAGCACGCGAGCCGGCAGACGGCCGUCCAUUUCUCGCAUUUUUCUGGCGAGACCUCGCCAGUUCUCGCUGCUAGCUAGCGCUUGCCGUUGUUUUUGCAGUUCAUAG